AUGAGGAUCGCAGUGGAAGGUUGUGCGCACGGCGAGUUGCAGGUGAUCUAUGAAACAAUUGGUCUCGUGCAACGGAAGACUGGAGAGCGGAUCGAUCUGCUUUUGUGUUGCGGUGAUUUCCAGAGUAAUAGGAACACUGCCGAUUUACGAUGCAUGGCGUGUCCCAUCAAGUACCAGAGCAUGUGCUCGUUCUGGCGAUACUACAACGGAGAGCUGAAGGCGCCAGUUCUCACAAUUUUCAUUGGGGGUAAUCACGAGGCGUCUAAUUUUUUGCAAGAACUUCCGUAUGGAGGCUGGGUUGCCCCUAAUAUAUAUUACUUGGGGUACGCUGGCGUCGUUCGUUUUCGCGGAGUGAGGAUCGCUGGACUUUCCGGGAUUUAUAAAGGGCACGAUUAUCUGAAAGGACACUUCGAAGCGCCACCGUAUUCUGAGGAAACCAAGCGAUCAGUGUAUCACGUCAGGAACCUCGAGGUUUUUCGUCUGAAACAGCUUCAAGAUAUUCCUCCGGAUAUCAUGAUGUCGCAUGACUGGCCUCGUGGAAUUCAUCGACACGGCGACGAACAUGCGCUGCUAUCGAUGAAACCGUUUUUCAAAUCUGAUAUUGAGAAUGAUACUCUCGGGAGUCGACCAUCUCAAGAGCUUCUUGAUGUUCUGAAACCGAAGUAUUGGUUUUCCGGUCAUCUGCACGUGAAGUUUUCCGCAUUCAUCGAACACGCAGCAGAAAAUAAGACGGACGCUGAGGUGGAGACGAGGAGAACUACUAAAUUUCUUGCGCUGGAUAAAUGCUUACCCAGGCGGCAAUUUUUGCAGGUAUUGGAACUGCCGGAUCCGGAUAUAGAUGAAAGCGGAGAAGAAUUUGAAUACGAUCGCCAAUGGUUAGCUGUGCUCAGGUCGACAGAUGGUUUGCUUUCCGUUUCUGUCGGUGAUAAUUACAUGCCUGGGCCGGGGUACCCUGGACGAUACGAUUAUAAGCCAACCGAGGAAGAGCUGAAAGAAAUUGACCAAAUAGUCCAAUUUGAUUAUUCCAUACCUCGAAACUUCGUUCAUACGGCACCUGUUUCAACGGACGCGAGUAAAGAGAAGUUUGAAGCCGCCUCUGAAAUCGCGAUAAAUCCUCAAACAGUCGAAUUUUGCAAGAAAUUCGGUGUCACAGAUCCUCUCGCCAAACUGAGUGGAAUUCUCCGGCGAGAAUCAGAAUCCGAAAAGGCUGAUGAACCGAAAGCUGUCGUUGAUGGACCCUGGCUAGAAGAGGAAGCUGAUGUCACGCUGAACAAUUCAGCAUCUGUAUCGAUGAAUCCUGAUGAGAUAGAGUUGGGUGAUGAUGAAUGGGAAAACGAAGAAGGUUCAACUUUGGCGAGACCUCGCAUACAGUUGCCGAAGCCAAAGGCGCUAUCUGUGGAGGGUGAAGAACUAUUUUGCAUUGACUUGACUGGGGUGCAAGAUGCUGGAACUCCUAAAUACAUAGCACCCGAUGAUUCGACUACGCUUAAAAACAUGAGUGGUCUUCCGAUUUCUGACAACAUUAUAAAAUCUGAGACCUUGGCUACGGAAUCUAUUACGGCGGAUGCGCCGUGUGACGAGCAAACCACGGAUUUCCCAUCCCAACCGCCUAAAAAAUUCAAGAGACGGAAUGCAUCCAUUUAUGCUGCCGACGACGACGAGAGCAAAAUGAAGACGGAAAUAUUGGAUUUAGCCAAGCGAUUGAGGCAAGAACGCCUCUUCGUAGCCUCUGAAAAACAGCAGCUUCAAGACCUGAAUGAGCGCGUCAUGAAAACAGUGGAGAAACUCACGCAUGUUUCGUGGAUCUCGAGACAGCAACGAACGAAUCUGGAUUCCCUUAUUCGCGCUCGUUUGGAUAGCACACCUGGAGAUUGCUGUAGAAAAGCAGCCAUUCUGGAUGCUGUGAAUUUCGUUGAUUCUUACAAGGUACUUGGUCACCAUGAAGCGUCCUAUGGCGAAUUUCUGCAAUAUCUCCGCGAGAAUCCUCAAGCCUUGGCUGCGUUAUUGGCGAAUGCAGAGAAAAGUGGUCACCCUGGCGAUGAGUUGCAUGAAAUUUCAGCGAUCGUAAUGUGCUCCUUGUAUGGGAAUUGCAUUUUGCGGCAAGACGAAGAUUACGCCUUGCAGUUGUUGAAACAUCUGAUGGAAACGCAAUUGACUGGUGCCGAGGAUCCUUGUCGGCUGCUUCGAAGGGAAAGUUGCGCGUUUUCUCGCAUUUACAAAGCUUUGAGUGAGGGACUGUUUCAAGCGAAAUUGUUCCUAACUGCGGCAUUGCAUGACCCAAUCAUCGAACUUUUGAUGGAGGAUGAAGAGUAUUUGGAUGCUGAUCCGUUGGAGAAUCUCGAAAGGUACACGCCGCAGGAAAAGGCGGAAAAGUUUGGUAGUGAUGAUUCUUCUGAAUACGCAACGUCGAUGAAGAAGCAUCGGCAGCAAGUCGUGGAAAAAUUGGCGUCCUUGACAUCGCGUUUCAUCGAUGGAAUCAAAGGGAGCUCAUACUGCUUCCCGAGUUGUCUUUCGUGGGUGUUGCGUCAAGUGUAUCAAAUGUUAUCCACGUCGACGCACAGAGCUAAUCUAGGAAGUGACGUACUCGCGCCGAGACCAACGACGGAAGUCGAUUCUGUUUGCGUUGAUUUGGUCUUCUCGUUCUUCAUUUGCCCGGCAAUCAUCAAUCCCGAACCUUACGGGAUCGCUGCUGACGCUCACAUCACUCCUGUGGCUAGGCAUAAUUUGAUGCAAGUCGCUCAGAUCCUGCAAGUUCUCGCGAUGAGACGAUGGGACGAAAAGACUGAUCCCCGGCAAGCCGAUCUGUACGCAAAAUUUCCUAAGGGUGUGAUGACCCCUUUUCUCGAUAUGGUUUUGAAUGGGCCAAUGGAUGAGACAGCCGGCAACGGAGGAAUGUUUUCGCACUUCGACGGAAUUGCCAGGAAUGCGGUGCUCAUCACGGAACCAGAGCUGCACUUUUUAGUCAAUUUCGCGUGUCGUGUGAGGCGCACUUCGUGUGAAGAUUUGGAUACCAAAGCUUUGGAUUCGCUUUUGAACGCGUUGCCUACACCGAAGGAAGAAGAUAAUUCUGGUCAUGCUUCCGUGUCCGGGAGCGCGUCUGGCUCACAAAAUUCUCUCAACAACGGUGAACAUGCGCAAGGCUUGUUCGGAGCUGCCCUGAGGAAAAAUUUGAUACAGAAAGUAUCAAAGGUGAAGAAGAAAGUCACAGCUGGCGGCUUUCAUGAUUCUAUAGAUGAUUCGAUGGAUCAUUCAGGAGCUACCCCAUCCAUUGAUGUUCUUGUCGUUCGGAUUCAGCAGAACUCUCCGGAAUGUCCUGGAAUGUUGAAUGAACAAAAGUUUCUUACGCUAGAAGAACAUAACGUCGAAGGCAGGAGAAUCCGACAUAAACAGUUACAUCACGGUAGGAUAGGGAAUGCUUUGCCGUCAGAAUCAUCUUUGCAAAGCCAGGAAGACGAAAAGGAAAGUCUCGCCAGUGGAGGAGCAAGUGGCAUCGCUGGUGGAUCCCACGAGGUUCUGGAAAAAAGAACGCGAUUUUCUCUGUCUCAGGAUGACGGUUCGAUUGGGAAUACGAGCGAUAAUCUUGAAGCUAUAUCUGAAGCUGCCAGCAACCAUUCCGUUUCCUCGUCUUUGGAAAUGGAUGACAACGCCGAAGAUCAAAUUAAUUACGACAAUUUGUCAGAUAUGGUUUCUGCCAAUGUUUCUGGACGAGGAACUCCCAAUGUUUCCGGUCGUGACACGCCGUCGUCGCAAGUAACAGAAGGAGACGAUGGUGUCGGACCUGACAACAGAUCUGCGCGAAAUGUUGGUCCGUCGGCCGAGGAUGAAGGAGAUCCGUCAGAACGUCAGCCUGGACUUGGGCUUGGUCGUCAGGGAGGAUUGAACUUCAGCGAUUUGCGAUUGCCCCGUCCAGGAAGUGGCAGAAUGUCUAACCCAGUUCCAGGACAACCGGGUAAUCAGACUAAUAUGAUGGGCGGCAAACAGCAAAGUCGAGAAGACAUCCAAGACAAAUUCGGAAAAUUCGAAUUUCCGUCUUUGCUGGACGGUCAACGGCCGAGGCCGCCUUUCCUUGAAGGAGAUGAGACUGUUUCUUUGGUCUCUGAUACUUGGAGCACGGACGUUUUGGCCAGCGAUUCGGAAACUAUCCCGGAUGGACAAUUGCCCCCGGCAGCGUUGCCGAAUCAUGUUAUGGGUGUUCCCUUUGCUGCUUCUAGCGGUCUUCCAGCGAUGCUUUCCGUUGGACAAGACCCGACAAGAGAUUUUGGGCCAAUAGGACCGCACGGAGUUCCGAGGGCGAACCCGUUGUUGGACGUCCCAGAAUCAAUCGAUGGAGCGUCUGAGGCUUGGAGCACGGAUGUGUUGGCGUCAGACUCAGAGAGGCUUACUGAAAUUGAUACCGAUGAUUCGUACAGUGUUGCGAGAUCUGAUGAUACGGCGCGGUCCGAGAUUGAAGUAGAUAUUCAGCUUGAGAAUGCCGUUUCUUCCGACAGUCGUGGUAAUCGAAGCCCGAUUGAGCAAUGGCCGCAGUCGUCAGCUUUCCAGCGAUUUCGUCAGGGGUCAACGGUUAGCGUAACGUCGAGUGUGUCAUCUUCUUCAUCUGCUCUUCGGCAAGGCGGCGUUUCCUCUUUCCUCGAUGCUAACUUGGACUUAGACGUGGUUCCGGCGAUCGGAUCUUCGUCGACUUCCCUCGGGGCAAGGUCUGAGGCCGUGGUUCGUUUCGCCGAUGAGUUCGGUCUUCAAAUGGCCACGGAUAUGGGCCGUCGUGCCACCCAAGAGGACCGUGUCGGGUCUUCAACCUCAAUGUUAGCGCAAAAGGCACAACCCUCAGUGAAAAAUUCUUGUGGAAAUCCUGUGAUAACUGUAAAUGGUGGCGCUGGAAUCGCUUCUGUUGGCGUUGUUGUUGAUGGCGCCGUCGGCGGAGUUGAGUCUCUCUCAAUGUCGUUCAGAGAAGAUGCUGACUCCCUUCGGAACGGUGGGGGUUCGGUCGUUGCGGCGUUGGGAUCUGGAUCCUCCGGAUCUGAUUCACACGAGGCAAUGGAUGUUGAUGAACUUGGAACAAAAGAGCAUCUGGGUGAAGUGAGCAGCUCAGAUGCCAUUGCCGCAGAGGUGGAAGGGAAUCUAGCUUCGGCUGCUCCAGCAAAUGUUUCUGUCGACGGGAACAAAAUUGCAAAAUCGAUUUCUUUUGACAACUCGGCGAACCGAGACGGGAGUGGAAUCGGCUUGGAUGAAUCAGGGAUGGGUAAAUCCUCGAAACGCGGUUUCUUCAAAGGGGGUUUCCGGCUUCCGUUUCGAGGGCGUAGCCGGAAACCGGCUCGAGGCGGCAGCAAUGACGCGUCCCCUGGGAUCCCGGUUUUUGGAAAUCCGCACGAGGAUUUUGCCGGGUCCUCAAGCGGGUUAUCACCGCGACGAGGAGCAUCGGAGUAUUCCUCGGAUCCCGGACGACCAGCGGAAUCCAGUGACGACAUCCUUGCCAAGUACAGGAAGAAGUCCGGACGGGGUGAUCUGCCCGACUCUUCCACUAACUCACAUCAAUCCGGUUCGGUUUCCGCGUCGCCUAGUCACGGUAUUGUAUUGGGAAAUGUUGAGGCUUCCGUGGAAGAUGAAGAAGUCGCGGAAUUGAUGACUGUCGACUCCGUUAAAUCUGAUGAUGGGCAAGACGCGAAAUUAUCGUUUGAGGACGCCAAACGAAAGCUGCGACUAGUCUUGUCAACUGCCGACUUCCAGAUAUUCCCUCACGCGCCUUUCGGCGACAGGCCAAGGAAUUCUCUAGCCAACGGUUGUGAGCGAAAGCGAGGAAGUGAUGACAACGAGCUCAGAGGGCUUUUGCAGCUUCAGUUGGCAGAAGCUAUCAACGUCGGGGACCGAUUUCUUGGUGCUCAGAUACACGAAGCUCUGCGUUGCAUCUCAACGCUGGAUGCUGUUGGUUGCGUCCGGCUGUUCCGCGCCCUGAAAGAGGACUACAAGAAACGAACGCCUUACAUCGCAUAUCUUAUACGCAGUCGACAAGGGUUGCUUUCGGCGCUCUCCUUCCUGGAACGUCUCCUAAAUCGCGUUGAGAAGGACAAGGACGUGUGCAGCACUUUCUUGGUGUCGAUGUGCGCGUCUUCGUUUUUGGAAAAAUGCGAAGCGAGUGUUACCGAAUUUCGCAAGGAAUUUGCUCGACUGAAUGCUUCCGACGAGAAGUCGGAGCUCGUGAAGCAGUUCCUCGAAAAAACAAAUGCUGCUUUGGACAAGGAUGUUCAAUGGGCAGCUGCGAACGAUGAACAACGUCAUUUGGGGUCUAUGGCGCUGGAGAGAGCCGUGAUGAGCCAAAUUUAUGUAUUGGCCAUGUACCCCAACGGCGAUGGCGAUAUUUUGCGUGAUCAGGUUCUGCACGAUCAUAUGGCGAAACUGUCCAAGAUCAUUACUCCAAAUCACAAGGCACUCCGUAUCCCCAAGGUGUAUCAUCUGGAGUGUCCGUGGGCCUCUGCUCAGGCCGAAAUCGCAACGAUCAACGCGUACAAAGCGCCGAGAGACAAGAUCAAUUGCGUAUGUCGAUGCGCCAAGACCAUCAUGACAUUAUUGUCUAUCGCCGAUGAGAAAGCUCAUUCGGCUGACGACUUUAUUCCUGUUCUCGUGUAUGUUUUGAUAAAAGCUAACCCGAGGCACCUAUUGUCAACAAUCCAAUACGUCAAUAGCUUCAGCGGUGGAAUUUUGGUAAGCGGAGAGGAAGAGUAUUGGUGGACCCAGUUCGCAUCUGCUGUGGAGUUUAUCAAGACCAUCGACUACUAGUUUUUGGGAUUGUACAUUUCGUCUUCGCGAGAUAUUGAUCGGAAUUUAAUUAUUCGCUCUUCUGUUUUAUUUAAGCCUGAGCGCUGUUUUACGAUCGUAUGCAUUGAGAAUUAACUUAUUAACGGUUCGUUGGUGAGACAUGCAUCGCACGGCGAGGGCUUUUUUUUUUAAUCGCCUGUGGAUUAAACGUGCAGAAUUUAAUCAUUGAAGUCAGGCACUCCAUACCAUUGGAAACCACUCCCACUGAGUCCUGUUCUCGUGCAAAGGCGUAUUUUUUAUUUGAUCCUUAUUUGUUCAUGUGGAAGUCAUUUUAUUUUUAGUGGGAACCGGACUUUUUAUGGAUCACGUGUUUUAAUAAUAAAUACUUACUUUUCGUUCGUUGUGAAGUUGGAUGUGUCUUUUCACGAUGUCGAAUCGUACGGUUGAUUUCGUGGCGAUUACAAAGUUUGAUUUAUUUUCUGUUGUGGAAGGAUCAUUGAUAGAAGAGCGAAAUGGUUAAGCUGAAAGAUUCCUACUGACCUGUGCUGAUCCUGUGCUGUGAAAUCGGAAUGACUUCGUGAUGUGGAGUUCAGAUCUGGGACAGAAUGUUCGUUCCCUCAUGCGAAUAAAUCGGCCUCGAAGUGGAAUUCCUUAUGUUUUUCGGCCUAACCUAUUUCUGUUUGUUACUUCUAUUUCUUAGCGGUUAGCGAAUGGUUAAAAUGUUGUGGGGCUUGGUACUGUUGGAGA